GACAGCAAAUGACAGCACUGUUCGCUCCUGCAGCAGCCAGCAGUGUGAAGACGGCCAACCGCCAACAAACAACUCCUCUGAUUCGAGAAAUCUCAUGAUCGGCUGUGUUUGGAGAAAUAGUGAACAACCAGUAAACGCUAAUUACAGUAGUCGCUGACCUCUCUGUCUGUGUGAGCUGGGGAAGAUGGUGAAGCCAGACAUCCACACUCUGGCCCACCACCUGAAGCAGGAGCGGCUGUAUGUGGCAUCAGAGAAGCAGCUGAUCCAGAGGCUCAACAGCGAUGUGCUGAAGACAGCCGAGAGGCUGUACCGGGCCGCCUGGAUCGCCAAGCAGCAGAGGAUCAACCUCGACCGUCUUAUUCUCACCAGUGCGGAGGCCUCUCCGGCUGAAUGCUGCCAACAUGCCAAAAUGCUGGAAGACACACAGUUUGUCGAUGGCUACAAGACUCUGGGCUUCCAGGAGACGAUCUAUGGCGAGUUCUUGGCCAGGUUAUGGGAGAACCCCAGACUGGUGGCUUCCUGUCUGGUGGCAGGAGAGAGGCUGAACCAGGAGAACACCCAGGCGGUCACACAUACCGUCUUCACCGCACUUUAUGGCAACUGUAUUAUGCAGGAGGAUGAAAGCUACCUGCUACAGGUGCUGCGGUACCUGGUGGAGUUUGAGCUGAAGGAGAGUGACAACCCUCGGCGCCUACUGCGACGGGGGACCUGCGCCUUCAGCAUCCUUUUCAAGCUCUUCACCGAGGGCCUAUACUCGGCCAAGCUCUUCCUCACCGCCACCCUCCACGAGCCCAUUAUGCAGCUGCUGGUGGAAGACGAAGACCACCUGGAGACGGACCCUGCCAAGGUGACAGAGCGCCUCACUCCGGCCCAGCAGGAACGCUUCGGAGAGAAGGGCUCCGAGGGCUACAAGCAAAGGGUGCAGGCCGCCGUGGAGGCCAACGAAGCCAAGCUGGUCGCUCUGGUCAACAAGUUCAUCGGCUACCUGAAGCAGAACACCUACUGUUUCCCUCACAGUCUGCGCUGGAUCGUGUCGCAGAUGUACAAGACUUUGUCGUGCGUGGAGCGUCUCGAGGUGGGCGAGGUACGCACCAUGUGUACAGACCUGCUGCUCACCUGCUUCAUCUGCCCAGCCAUAGUCAACCCCGAGCAGUAUGGUAUCAUCUCAGAUGCACCCAUCAACGAAGUAGCCCGCUUCAAUCUAAUGCAGGUUGGGCAGCUUUUGCAGCAGUUGGCCAUGGCCGAUGAUGAUGCAGACCCAAGGCGGAAAAGCAGUUUGUCCAAAUUUGAUAAGAGUUGUGUAGCCGCCUUUCUGGAUGUGGUGCUUGGGGGAAGAGCAGUCGAGACCCCACCCAUGUCCUCAAUGAACCUUCUAGAAGGCCUCAGUAGGACUGCGGUCUAUAUUACACAUAAUCAGCUGCUCAUGCUGGUGGACUUUGUGCGGAAUGUGAUGGCAGGGGACCACCUUCGCGAGGAGGAGCACAUGGCUCUGGAGACCCUGCUUGCCAACGUGCCCCAGUCUCGAACUGUGAAGAGCAACAGUCUGGAGCUCACCCCCUCCAACACCCCCCAGCUCUCCCCAGCCACCACUCCUGCCAACAAGAAGAACAGGCUCCCCAUAGGACAACACUUAGCCGCUAUAACGUCCUGGGACCCCACCACCGCCGCUCUGUCGGCUCACAUUCCAUUAGUAACCCCUUUUGCGGAUUAUGGCUUUUCAUUACCAGCAGCGGCUCGAAGCCGCAGCCGUACCAACAUCGCCCAGGAGGGGGAGGCAGAGGCCAGCUCCCAGGAGUCCCUGCAGGAGCUGAUGCCAGAGGAGGUGCUGGUGAUUUCACUAGGAACUGGUCCUCAGUCUGUCCCUGGGAUGAUGUCAGAGAAUGAGGUUUUGAACCUGCAGAUGGCUGAUGGGGCCCAGGGGGACGGCCAUGCUGAUGAUACUAAGCUGCACGGUAAACCUGACAAAACCCUGCGCUUCUCCCUCUGCAGUGACAACUUGGAAGGCAUCUCAGAGGGUCCAUCCAAUCGUUCUAACUCUGUGUCUUCUCUGGACCUGGAGGGAGAGUCUGUCUCGGAGCUGGGAGCCGGACCGUCGGGGAGCAAUGGGGUGGAGGCUCUGCAGCUUCUGGAGCAUGAACAGGCCACCACUCAGGACAACCUGGACGACAAACUGCGCAAGUUUGAGAUCCGAGACAUGAUGGGUCUGACAGAUGACCGGGACAUCUCCGAGACGGUCAGCGAAACCUGGAGCACCGAUGUGCUCGGCAGUGACUUUGACCCCAACAUGGAUGAAGACCGGCUGCAGGAAAUAGCAGGGGCAGCUGCGGAGAACAUGCUCGGCAGCCUGCUGUGUCUCCCUGGCUCGGGUUCAGUGCUGCUGGACCCCUACGGCUCCACCAUCUCGGAGACCACAAGCGAGGCGUGGAGCGUGGAGGUCCUCCCCAGUGACUCAGAAGCCCCAGACCUGAAACAGGAGGAGCGCCUGCAGGAGCUGGAGAGCUGCUCCGGCGUUGGCAGUACGUCCGAUGACACAGAGGUCCGAGAGGUCAGCUCCAGACCCAGCACACCCGGCCUCAGUGUUGUCUCAGGCAUCAGUGCAACCUCAGAAGACAUCCCCAACAAGAUCGAGGACCUGCGGUCAGAGUGCAGCUCAGACUUUGGAGGGAAGGACUCUGUGACCAGUCCAGAUGGGGAUGAGUCAGGCCACGGAGCACAUCAUCCGACAUCUCCGCCCUCACAGGCCGAUUCCUUGCUGGCCAUGUUCGAUCCCCUCUCCUCCGCCGAAGGCUCCACUGGAACAAUAGUGAGGCCCAAAGUGCACUACGCCAGGCCCCCUCACCCUCCCCCCGAUCCUCCCAUCCCUGAAGCCAGCGCCCUGGGGCCGGAGACGCGCUACUCUCUCUUCACGCCCCACUGCCUGGCCCAGGCCGAGCUGGAGCAUACCAAGCAGCGCCACUCCUUCCCCGACAGGCUGGUCCGGAGUCGCAGCUCCGACAUCGUGUGCCCAGGCCGCCGGCCCACUAGUGACCCCGGCCUCAACCGGCGGGUCGCGGUGGAAGAGCGCGACCCUGCCGGGGCCUUCGCCUUAGGACCGUCCUCGUCCCCCAGCAAGGACUCCCUCAAAGGAGAGGUUGAGGACAGGAAAGACAGUGACGACGAGAAGUCUGAUCGCAACAGGCCAUGGUGGAAGAAACGUUUUGUGUCAGCCAUUCCAAAAGUGCUGUAUUGGACGGCUGAGAGUGAUGUCCCAGCGCCCAUAGCUGCGUUUCGGAAAAGGGACAAGCAGGAGAAAGACGACGUUGUCCCGGAGCGUGUCCCCCAAGAUGACCCGUUGCCCAGACAGAGCUCUCACGCGCAGGCAGCUGAAGACAUCCUGGACAAGUACAGGAACAUCAAGAGGACGAGCCCGAGUGAUGGAGCCACAGGCGGAGCUUCUUACGAUGGUACAGGAGAUCUUUGUGUUGAAGACAGCGUGCACGACUCUCCUAGAGAAGACGCUCUGCAGAACAUAUCUGCAGACGACCUCCCAGACUCAGCCAGCCAGACGGCACAGCAGCAUGACUGCAAGUUCUCUUUCAGUGAUGCAAAGAAGAAGUUGAGGUUGGCAUUGUGUUCUGCAGACUCAGUGGCUCUGCCCAUCAUGGUUCCUGCAACCACGCGAAACGGGCUACCUGACCACAUGGACUCUGAAGAAAAUUUGAUCGUCUGCUUCCUGAAGAUCCAGCUAGCAGAGGCCAUCAACCUGCAGGACAAGAACCAGAUGGCCCAGAUCCAGGAGACCACGCGCUGCGUCGGCCGCUUCGACCCACGCACCUGCAGGAAGCUGCUGGCUGCCAUCGCUGAGGAUUACCGAAAGCGAGCGCCGUACAUAGCUUAUCUAACCCGGUGUCGCCAGGGCCUGCAGACGUCCCAGGCCCACCUGGAGAGGCUUCUCCAGAGGGUGCUCCGAGACAAGGAGGUGGCCAACCGCUACUUCACCACCGUUUGUGUCCGCCUCCUUCUGGAACACAUGGAGGCCAAGAUGCUGGACUUCAUUAAAGCGUUCCAGGGGUGCACAGCAUCGGAUGACAAGACGGCAGCCGUGGAGGAUUUUCUGCGCUACUUGUACGGCGCCAUGGCCCGUGAUGCCAUUUGGCAGUACGCUAGCGAGGACCAGCUGCAGGACGCCCAGAUGGCUAUCGAGCGCAGCGUCAUGAACCGCAUCUUCAAACUGGCCUUCUACCCCAACCAGGAUGGAGAUAUUCUCCGAGACCAGCUUUUCCAUGAACAUAUCCAGCGGCUCACAAAAGUUGUAACGGCCAAUCAUAAAGCUCUUCAAAUCCCAGAGGUGUACCUGAAGGAGGCUCCGUGGCCCUCUGCGCAGUCCGAGAUCAGGACCAUCAAUGCGUACAAGACGCCGCGAGACAAAGUCCAGUGUAUACUGCGCAUGUGCUCCACCAUCAUGAACCUCCUCAGUCUGGCCAACGAGGACUCCGUCCCUGGAGCGGAUGACUUUGUCCCUGUACUUGUCUUUGUCCUCAUAAGGGCAAACCCGCCCUGCCUGCUGUCCACCGUUCAGUACAUCAAUAAUUUCUACGCCAGCCGGCUGAGUGGGGAGGAGUGCUAUUGGUGGAUGCAGUUCACCGCGGCGGUGGAAUUCAUUAAGACCAUCGACGAUCGCAAGUGAAGCAGAACAGCCACCUGUAUGGGCAGACUGCGGGGGAAGGAGCCGGGAGACUGGGAGACUUCCCAACCAACUGCUCCCUCUGCACAGCUUAGAAAGCCUGGCCCUCAGCCUGCUCUGUAUUUGUAUAGCUUGUACAUAGCCAGAGACGUUGAAAGAGUACAAAAAAAAUAUAUAUAUUACUGUAUGUAUGUGGACAAAUCCAGGUUUGAGCCGCGCUGAAAAACAAACAAAACAGCCUUGGGUUAAAAAAAAAAAAAUUGGCAAGAUGUUAAGUCUGAAACCUGAUUUAGAUUUUUUUUUUUUUUUUUGUCUCUUUAAUCACGUUUGGGGUCCGUAUUAGGAAUUUUAUAUAUACACAAACACCAAUAUGACAUUAAAUCAACCUAAAAGAUAAUCCUGUAUAAAGGGACCAGACUUCCUUGAUGUGAUCAAUGAUCUUUAUAUCCCCCCCCCAUGCUGAGUGAGAGGGAAGGGCUUCCAAUUAAAUUACAAUAUAAAUGUUCAUUAAAUGCAUUGUAACGUGGGGAUACACAGUGUGUGGUAGUUACUGAUUAGAUUUAGUGGCUCAUUCACACGGAGAUCAAUUCCAUACUACUCAUAAGGUAAGCAUAUCAAAGCAAGUAGGGCAGCUUUUUUUCAUGGAUUGUUUACAUCAUCUUUAUUCCCAACAAGCAAGUGUGUCAGCGACAAUUUGGACAUAAGGGCCCACAUAUUUAUAUGAAAUAAAAAUGUAUUUAUUUCUGUAGUUCUA